AUGGCCGAUGUGGAUGACACUUUAAACUUGUGUCGCUGGGGUGAUGGGUCCUGCACUACAUCUCUGACUUCCGACAAGUCCGAAGUGGGGAAACACCUCCAAGUCCUCCACGGUAUCAAAUCUGGCGGCGAUAAAGAUAAGAUGCUAUGCAGGUGGGACGGCUGCGGGAAAGAGAUGAAGAAGGAGAGCAUAUCGCGGCACAUCGUCGCAGUUCAUUUGACCAACAAAACGGAAUGCGGUAGUUGUGGAAAGCAGUUUGCUCGGUUAGAUUCUAAACUGCGCCACCUAAAGAAUUCAAAACGAGAGGAUUGCAGAGAAUCCGAACCUCAUGAUGGUCGUGCCAAACGCCGCCGCAUGACGUGGCCAUGA